AUGACAGAAAUAAAAAUUGAUUCUUUAAAAUUUUCGAGAAGAGUCCAAAAAAUUAGAAAAUUGUUACCGCAUCCUUUACUUAUAAUAUUAGGAAGUCGUUUAGAUCUAGAACAAGCCAAUUUAAACUCUGCUUUAAGUACUUAUCUCAUUGGAUAUGAAUUUCCUAACACUCUUAUUUUGAUUGAUUCUGUUUGUAAAAUUUACAGUCAUAAAAAAAGACUUGAUUUAUUAAGGAAUCUAGAAAAUGUAAAGACAAUUGUUAUUGAAAAAGAUUUAAGUAAUUUACAAUUUGUUAUAGAAAGUUUAUCAACCGUACAAAAUCUUUGUGUUGUAGAUCAAAAUAAAACAGAAGGUAUUUUAAGUAAAACAAUCUAUAAUAAUUUAAUGUGUGCUGAUGUAUCAAGAGAAAUACAAAGAAUGUUUUUAUACAAAGAUGAAGAUGAGUUAAUAAAUUGUAAAAAGGCGGGAAUUGUUAUUGAACACGUCAUUAAGCACUGUACGGAGUUAAUAAAAGAUAAUGCAUUAGAAGAAGAUAAAUUAGAAGAAAUAUUUGAUAUGCCUAUUGAUGGAAUAGAUAAUGAAAAUAUAGAACAUAGCUUUCAGCCAGAAAUUUCUAAUUAUAGUUUUAGAAUUGGAAUUAGAUAUAACGGAUACUGUGCAGAAGGUGGUAGAACGGUUUAUAGUGAUCUUAAUGUUUUUUAUAAUGCUCAGAAAUUUAUAUUAGGACUUAUUCGACCUGGUGAUAAUUCAAAAAUUGUGCACGAAAAAGUAUCGGAAUAUUUGAAAAAAAAUGAUUUUGUGAUCGAUGAUAAUUUUUUGUAUACGACAGGACUUCUUAAUGAGGAAGUUAACUUUAAAAAUGAAUUUAGGAUUUUAAAUGGAUUAGUUUUUGUUCUUAAACUUACUAAUGGUUCAUCAAUAUUAAGUAAUACGUUUUAUCUUGACGAAGUUCCUAUUUUUUUAACUCCGAAUGACAAAUUCGAAGAUUUUCUUGAUAAUAGACCUAGAUUUAGAGAUAAAUCUAGAGAAUUUGAAUUGGAUUUGAGGCGUAAAGAGCAUCAAAAAGAAUUACUUGAAAAUCUUAUCGAUGAGAGAUUAAAUUAUCAUAAAAAUAAAAAUAAUGUAUCUGAAACAGAUGAAAUAAUAAAAACAACAAGACCUUAUGAAAAAGAAUCUUUAAUUCCUAGAAAAGGUAAAAUUUUUGUAGAUUCUAAAAAUUAUGCUUUAUGUAUACCUGUAAGUAGUUUUAUAUUACCUAUACAUAUUUGUAAUAUUAAGAACGUGGUGCUUGUUGAUGAAACGAUGUUAAAAUUCAAUUUUGAAUUUUUAAAUAAUAAAAAUACUAAAUUUUUAUCGAGCAUUAAAAGUAUUAAUAUUGUAGAUAAAGGAGGUAGACAAAUUUAUGAUGAAAUACAAGAAUUAAAAGCUAGAUAUUCUGUAUCUUCAGAUAAAGACAUUGUGGCACAAGAUAAACUUAUUGAGAAAAGUAAUAAAAUCGGUUUAGUAGACAUUUUUAUGAGAACGGAUAUUAAGACUGCUGUUAAAAAGAGGAAAACAUCAACACUUGAGUUACAUGAAAAUGGAUUUAGAUUUGUUGAAGACAAAUUAGAUAUUUUAUUUGGAAAUAUUAAAUAUAUCUUUUUUAUAAAAGGAGAUGUGCAGAAUAAAACUAUUUUACACUUCCACUUGCAAAAUCCAAUAAUAGUUAAUUUAAAGAAAACAAAGAAUGUACAAAUUUAUCAAGAGGCAAGUUCUAAUCUCACAGUCAACACUCAUAAAAGAGGUGAUGAACAUAUGGAAUAUAUUAUUGAAAAAGAAGAACUUGAUAAACAGAAAAGACUAAAUUACAUGUUUGAGACUUUUGUAUCUAAAAUUGAAAGUGAAACUUCUUUAAAGGUUCAAAGACCAAGAGAAGGUUUUACUGGUGUUCCAUUUAAAGAAUCUGUUUUUAUCCAAAAAACUCAUGAAUGUCUUGUUGCGCUACACGAGCAACCAUUUUUUGUUUUAUCACUUGAUGACAUUGAAGUUGUUAAUUUUGAAAGGGUAGUCUACAAUGUUAAAACAUAUGAUGUGGUUUUUAUACUUAAAGAUUAUUCUAUAUCUAAAAUAUUAUCUAUUGAAUCUUCUUAUAUGUCUAAGUUUAAAGACUAUCUUGAUUCUAAUAAUAUUGUUUACAUGGAAACUAUUUUUAAUAUUCAGUGGAAAAAUGUUCUUAAAAAGAUUCAAGAAGAUCCGAUAGCUUUUUAUGCAAGUGGUGGCUGGACGGAACUUUUGGUAGAAGAUAAUGAAAGUGAAGAAGCAGUUAGUGAGGAAGAAGAAGAGGAACCAGAAAGUUCUAGUGACCACGAAUCAGAAGAAGAUUCUGGUUUUUCUACAGUAAGUAGCAGUUUUACUGAAGAAGAAGAUAGUAGUUAUAGUGAAGAAGAAGAAGAAAGUGAUGAAGAUACUGAAAGUAGUAAUGAUAGAAGGAAAAAAAGAAGAAGGUAA